GUUCGUCCGACGGUGUCGUCAAAGAUUUUGUAGUUUAAUCAGAAGUGUUGAUAAGUGAUAAACCCACUUGAAGUUGAAGCCCCGCGUUUCUCGUGUGCUCUCUCCCAAAAGAGGCGGCACCGUCCCAGUUGGAGUUAGAGAUCUGUGCGGAUUACUUUUACCAACAACAUGUACGGCCCGCCCUCGGGCAUGCCUCGCGGCCGGGGCGGCUACACCAGCGGGCCCGUGCGGGGCGCUCCCCGCGGCCGCGGCUCCUCCGACACCUGGACGCCGCGCGGCCGCGGCCGGGGAAACUACAACAGCUACCAGUCUCGCGGGGGCGGCAGCAGCAUGACGUCGGGCUCCAGCGGCCAGUGGUACAACAAGGACCACCAGUCGCAGCCGAGCUACCGGAACAACAACGACCGAUACCAGUCGUCGGGGUCACGUCCCAACGAGUCCAGGUACCCGUCCACCCGCGGGGGAAGCUCAGUGGACUACAAUAACCGCAGAUAUAGUCGGGACGCUCCUCCAACAUAUUCUUCUGGUCGCGAUCACCACCGGUCGCCGGAUCCUCUCCCCAGAAAACGCAUGCGGACAGAUUCGUACUCUCCCGCAUCAAGCCGGCGCAGCCAUGAUGGUGGCUAUGAAUACUCAAGCUCAACCCGCUAUGAAUAUGGCUCUGAUAAAGGCAGCUACAGCAGUGAGGAUCGUGGACGUCCAAUGUACAGAGAAGAAAGAAGGCCCUCAGCUGACAGGAGGGAUGAUUUCCAUUCCCCUCGUAGCCGUGACCCAUCUGGUUCAACAAUGCCUCCUCCUAGUGGUCCUGUGCGUGGUGGAAGCUAUCGCAGUAGAGGUGCUCCUAUUCGAGGCCGUGGAGUCACUCGUGUCUUCACUAGAAGGCCAACAGAUGUAUCACUUGCUGCACGCAAAACAAGGCUCAUUGAGGCUUAUGCUGCCAAGAGACGCAUUCUUACUGGAAGAUCCCAGGACUAUUACAAGAAGUUGAAGAGCUUAAAAUUAAGGAGUGCUGCCCUCAUGUCGGCAAGAAGAGAUGGCAUCAAGUCAGAACAUGGAGACAGCGAGGAUGAAGCUGAGAAUUGGGAUGAUGAACCUGAUAUGAAGGAUUCCAUCAGUGAAAAUGAAGAGGGUGCCAAGGAUCCAGAUGAUGAAGAUACUGAAGAAAAGAAAAAAGUUGUGCGGAAAGUAGUUAAGAAAGUUCCUAUUAAGAAGAAGGCUGCACCAUCUGCUGAGCACGAGGGUGAUGACUCAAAGGAUGCUACUGAAGAUGCAGAAGGAAAGGAGAAAGCCACUGAUGACCAGGUGGCUGAUGAUGACGCUGAGGCAGCAGAAGAAGUGGAGGGUGAUCAGGAAGGUGAUGGUGAACCUAAGAUGCAGGUGACCAUUAAGCAGGAUUCAGAGAGCAGAGAUGUUUGCGAUGAAGGAAUCCGCAAACCUCCUGCAGCUAAAUCAGGCUACAAAUACAUCAAACUUUACUGUGUUCACUGCAAGGAACGCUACAUCACUUUCAAGGAAUAUCAAAACCAUCUCAGAGGUCUACAUCAUGUCAACGCUAUGCGCAAGUUAUCCUUCCGUUUAAAGCAGAACCUUGCUAGAAUGAGGGUGGAACAGAGAAUCCAGCAGCGCGUGGAUGAGAAGGAGGACGAGCUUAGAGGAGUAACUGGUGGGCGAACCAGUUAUUGUCAAACCUGCAAACUCAACUACCGCUCAGACCGAGCUAAACAUAAUGAGUCUGAAAUGCAUAAGAAAAUGAAGGAGUUUUUAAUGCCCACGUGCGUCAUCUGCCGCAUUAACUUUAGAAGUCCUAUGCUGUUUGAAAACCACAUUUGUUCACUUGAGCACAUCAAGAUGGAAGAAAGGGUGUUGAAAGGCCGUGAUCGUGAGCAUCAUGCUGAAAAGGAAGUUGACAUGGACAGUCUUCUGGUUUUAGAUAGUGUUGGAAGUGCUGAUGAAUCAGAUUCAGAGGAAGAAGGAUCAGAAGAUAAAUCAGAAAGAGGAGAUGGAGAAAAGAAGAAGAAAAAGGCCCAAAUUAACCUUGGUGCUGAUUAUGUCAAGAAGGUACAAGUUAUGUACUGUGAGCUGUGUGGUAUCUAUCUUCCAAGGACUGGUGAGGAAGAUGUUGCAUUAGCCAACCACUGCAGAACGCGAAAUCAUCUUCAAAGAUAUGUUCGCUACAAGGAUGACAGAGCACUUAGAAAAGAAGCAGAGAGAAUUCACCGUCGAGACAAGGCUGAGCAAGAAGCCCGCAAAGCUCAAGAAGCCAAGAAAGAAGUAGGUGAAAGCUCAAGUAGUGCAGAGAAAGCUCCAAGUAAAGAUGAGAAUGCAGAGGAGAAACCAGAGAAAAGUGCCAACACUAGCUUGGAUGCUAGUGGCGAUAAUGUUGACUUAGAUGACAAACUUUGGGCUGAUGUUGAUAAAAGAUUGGAUGAACUGCUAGAAGAGGUGGAGCCUGGUAACAAGUCCAGUGAUGAUGAUGACGAGUCUGGUCGAUAUGAUCGUUUCCGGUACUCUGACAAGAAAGGAGGAAAAGCCUCUAGUGAAGACAGGGAAGGAGGUGAAACCUCUAAUAGCAGCUUACCCUCUGCUGCAGAUACCUCAAGUAAGCAAGAGGUUACCUCUCCUAAGGAAAAUUAAUAUCUUCUAGUAAUUAACUGAUCAAUUUUAUGCACUAAGAAAAGCUCUUGCCAAGAGUAUGUAUAGUGGUUUAUUUUAUUUACUUUUAUUUGAGUCAUGUGACUUGUGUUAUUCUAUAUUUAGUCUAGAAUAUUGUUGUUUUUUCCCCAAUCGUGUUUCACUUUUUCAUAGGUUUGACUGUAUUUAAUCAAGUAAUCAAAUGUUCUUGCAUAACGUUGGAUGUUAAACGUUAAAUUGCAAAGAAAAUGUGUACAAACCGCUCUGCUUGUAUGAAGUGUGUAAUAAACACAUUAACUUUAAACGA